GUUUUUUUCUUUCUUUUUUUUACCACCUACACCCGAGCGUCAUGUGAGCUCGGUGAUGCGUCAGAUGAAAGUAGUUCGGUAAAAAGUCUAGAACUAGAGUCUAGAAUGGAAGUUAAAGGGGCAACUUUUGUGGACAGCUAACGUGAGUCGUUAACGUUGGGUCCGUGGAUUAACGUGCUAUCACAGGUUGACGCUCUCUCUCUCUCUCUCUCUCUCUCUCUCUGUGUGUGUGUGUGUGUCGUAGGUUUUUUUGAAAGACCCGUAGGACUUCAGAGACAGACCUGUGCUGACUCAGAAGACACCAGAAGACAGCAGACAGAGUGGAUGUUUGUUUUAGACGGCGCAUGGCCUGUAUUCUGCUGACAGACAUGGACCCACCCAUCUCCGGUCCCACAGCAAAUCCUAAUGGCCUCCUCCCUGACCUCAACCCGGCCGCUGAACCCGACUCCAAGCAGGACACGGAUUCCACCUGCCUCACUGUCCACCUUUACUACCUGGGGAAGGGUGGAGGAGAGGAUAACAGUUCAGAAAGUGCGCUCACGUUUCCGGCAGGGGAUUACGUAGUGGAGGAACUGUGCAUAAGUGCAGCGAAAGCAUGUGGGAUUGCUCCAGUUUAUUGCAGCUUGUUUGGCCUGAUGAGGGAAAGCGACCGGAUAUGGUUUCCUCCUAAUCACGUCUUUAAAUUGCAGCAGCCGGCCAGUGAGAUCCUGCACUUCAGAAUCAGAUACUAUUUUUCUGGCUGGUAUAACAGCAGCAAUACAUUGAAUGCCCAUCGCUACGGCGUUUCCAAGGGGACGGAGAGCCCUGUGAUGGACGACUGUGUCAUUGCAUACCAGUUCUUUCAGAGGCGUAGUGACUUCCUGAAUGGCUGGGCUCUUAUUCCUGUGAGCCACGAGGCCCAGGAGGAGUGUCUUGGCAUGGCGGUGCUGGACAUGAUGAGGCUCGCCAAAGAGAGCGAUCAGUCGCCUGUGGACAUUUACAAUUACACCAGCUACAAAUCCUUCCUGCCAAGAUGCAUGCGAAGCCGUAUCCAGGAAUACAACAUAUUGACUCGGAAAAGAAUCCGCUAUCGCUUCAAGAAGUUCAUCCAGCAGUUCAGUGAAUGCAAGGCCACGGUGUGUAACCUCAAGCUCAAAUACCUGAUGAGCCUGGAGAUGCUGCUGCCCUCCCUCUACUCCGAGCGUUUCCAGGUCACCGACCUCUCCGCACGGGAAGUCACCAUCGUUGUCACGGGCGACACGGGCAUCCAGUGGUCAAAAGGGAAAGAGGAUGAGGAAACAGGGGAGGAGCUGCUAACAUACUGUGACUUCUCAGAGGUGAUCGACAUCAGCAUCAAACAGGGCAAUAAGGAAGGCUCAGUGGAGAGUCGCAUAGUGACCCUCACCAGACAGGACAACCAGAUCCUGGAGCUGGAGUUUCAUUCGCUCCCAGAGGCUCUCUCGUUCGUCUCAGUAGUUGAUGGGUAUUACAGACUGGUUGCAGACGCCCAUCAUUAUCUGUGUAAAGAGGUGGCUCCGCCGAGACUUCUGGAGUGCAUUCAGAGCUACUGCCAUGGCCCUGUGUCGAUGGAGUUUACAAUCUCUAAGCUGCGUCGCUCUGGUAACCACCAAGGUCUGUACAUCCUUCGCUGCAGCCCCAGGGACUACGACAAAUACUUCAUGUCCUUUGUGGUCGGGUAUGAAACUACGGUGGACUAUAAGCACUGUCAGAUUGUGAAGACGGAGUCAGGAGAGUUCAUUUUGAGUGGUGCCAAGAGGAGCUUCGGCUCACUCAGGGAACUUCUGCACUGCUACCAAAAGGAGGCGCUCCGCACCGACGGAUACACAUUCCAGCUGACCAGGUGCUGCUCACCCAGCCUUAAAGAUAAAUCCAACCUUCUGGUGUGUAGAAAUAAUCAAGGUGCCGAUGUCCCACUGACUCCCUCGCUCUACAACCACAACAUCAGCCAGAUGGUCUUCCACAAGAUCCAAAAAGAGGACCUCGUCAUUAAUGAGAGUCUGGGUCAAGGAACGUUCACCAAGAUCUUCUGCGGUGUGAGGAAGGAGCUGGGCGACUACGGAGAGAUACACCAGAUAGACGUCGUCGUCAAGAUCCUGGACAAGGCUCACCGCAACUAUUCAGAGUCUUUCUUUGAAGCAGCCAGUAUGAUGAGCCAGCUCUCCCAUAAGCACUUGCUCCUCAACUAUGGCGUGUGCGUUUGUGGCAAUGAGAACAUGAUGGUGCAGGAGUACGGUAAAUAUGGUUCUCUGGACACGUACCUGAAAAAGAAUAAAAGCUGUGUUAACAUCACCUGGAAGCUAGAAGUGGCCAAGCAGCUGUCCUGGGCUAUGCACUAUCUGGAGGAUAAGAGCCUUGUUCACGGAAAUGUUUGUGCCAAGAAUGUCCUUUUGAUCAGAGAGGCGGAUCGGAUGACGGGCAGCCUGCCCUUCAUCAAACUCAGUGACCCGGGUAUCAGCAUCACUGUGCUGCCCAAAGAAGUUCUGGUGGAGCGUAUCCCAUGGGUGCCCCCCGAGUGCAUUGAAAAUCCCCAAAACCUGAGUUUAGCCUCAGACAAGUGGGGCUUUGGGACAACCCUUUGGGAGAUCUGCAGUGGCGGAGACAAACCCCUCAGCACCCUGGACUGCUCAAAGAAGAACUUGUUCUACGAGGACAGACACCAGCUGCCGGCUCCCAAAUGGACAGAGCUGGCCAAUCUGAUUAACAGCUGUAUGGACUACGAGCCCUCACACCGGCCCUCCUUCAGAGCCAUCAUCAGAGAUCUCAACAGCCUCUUCACACCAGACUAUGAGCUGCUGGUGGAGAGCGACAUGGUGCCCAACAGGACGAGAGGCUUCGGCUUCCCGUGGGCCUCCGAGAGCCAGGAGCCCGCCCAGUUUGAGGAGAGGCACCUCAUCUUUCUCAAGCAGCUCGGCAAAGGAAACUUUGGUAGUGUGGAGAUGUGCAGGUACGACCCCCUGCAGGACAGCACAGGGGAGGUGGUGGCUGUGAAGAAACUACAACACAGCUCCGCCGAGCACCUCAGGGACUUUGAGCGCGAAAUCGAGAUCCUCAAAUCCCUCCAGCAUGAAAACAUCGUCAAAUACAAAGGAGUUUGCUACAGUGCAGGUCGAAAGAACCUCCGGCUGAUCAUGGAGUACCUCCCCUACGGAAGCUUGAGAGAUUAUCUCAUCAAACACAAGGACCGCUUUGAUUUCAACAAACUGCUGCACUAUGCAGCACAGAUUUGCAAGGGCAUGGACUACCUCGCCACUAAGCGAUACAUCCACAGAGACCUGGCCACCAGGAACAUUCUGGUGGAGAGCGAGAUGAGGGUGAAGAUCGGUGAUUUUGGUCUGACCAAGGUGCUGCCGCAUGACAAAGAGUACUACACUGUCAGAGAGCCUGGGGAAAGCCCCAUCUUUUGGUAUGCUCCAGAGUCGCUGUCAGAGAGCAAGUUCUCUGUGGGAUCAGACGUUUGGAGUUUCGGUGUUGUCCUCUACGAACUCUUUACUUACAAUGACAAGAACUGCAGCCCACCUGCGGUGUUUAUGGACAAGAUGGGAAAUGAAAAGCAGGGCCAGAUGAUUGUCUACCAUCUGAUAGACCUGCUAAAACAGGGAUACAGGCUGCCUGCUCCUGAUAAUUGUCCAAAAGAGAUUCACAAGAUCAUGACAGAGUGCUGGAGCAGUGAACCGACACUACGCCCAACUUUCAAGACGUUAAACCACAGUGUGGAGAGCAUACGUGACAGCAAGGAGAGAUAAGCCACGCUGAUCCCUUAACCUUUGACCUUUAGGUGACGACUCCAGGGAGUCAGUCCUCACAGAUCUUAACAGAACGAUGAAUGCGUUUGUGACGUCUGGGUUUACUGCAGUGAUGCACUCACUAGUCUGACGUAUACUUGUUUUUCUUUUGGUGCUCCGUCUGUCCGUCAGCCUAUUUGACACUCUUUCAAAUACGGAUGAUGAAUGGGGAUUUCUUGGCAGUUUACCUACUUCUUUCUAUGAGGUAUACAAAUUAUUUGAUUCAUUAGUACACUACAUCCGAGGCAAGACACCAAACCAAAUAUAUGCCAGAUGUCUUUAAGAACAUUUCAUUAUUUGAUUAUUCUUUUUUUUUUUGAUUUGUACAUUUUCUCUGCCUUGUGUUGAAAAGUUUAAGCCUCAGUUUUGGUACCAAAAAUGUAUAAAUAGCCAACAAGCAGCAUUUCAUCACUUAAUGCUUAGUCCUUUGAUUUUGUCCUUUUAUUGUUGUAAAACUAGCACAACUUUUAUCGUUUAACAAAGAGCGCGUGGGAUUCUUAAGAGCCAUCUGACUGCACACCUGAACCUCCCUGCAAUGCUCUUGUGUAGCCGAACUUUUAGGGACUUGAACUGAGCAGUGGUCGUCCUGCUGACACCCAGACAGACAUCUGCUUGAUAGUAUCAAGUCACAUUUCAGCUGUUACAGUGGACUUGUGUUUUCCAGAUAUUCAAUGCAAAUCAAAGAAGCAGAAGCACCCAUAAGUCCUUUUUGAGUGGUAUUUAUUUGCUAUGACUACACAUCAGUGGCCAGAAUUGUAACAAAUAUACUGUUAUUUAUCAAACACAUUAUAGAGACAGCAAUAACUGCUCAGCAAUCUCUUCGAAAACUGGGUAUCCAAUCGUGUCAUAUCAUGGACUCAAUCAGUAAAAGUCUUUUCUUUUUUUAAACGUAAAAUGAUGAUGUCUUUGUAAUUAGUAAUGGGUAUAUAUUUUAUAAAUAAAGUAUGUUUUCAGUGUUAUACAGGUAUACUAUCUGCCUGUACCGUAGAUACCUAAUGUGAAGUUUAUCUGGUCUGAGAAAAUGAUGAAGGGAGAUGCUUUUAUUGUCUGCAGUAACUUGUUGUUGCAGGUGAUGGUCUUAUUUAAAACGUCUUUGACUUUUGUUCAUGUUCAUGGCUUUUCAGCCAUUUCUAAGUUGUUGAGGAGCUUGUGUAAUUGUUUAUUAAGUGUUUGUGUUCUGUGUGCAUUACAUCGUCAGCCACAAAUGUAUCUGUGAUAUUUUUUUGUUUAAAUGUUUUUUUCAUUUUUAAAACGUAAUGGAUGGGACCGGUCAUUUCCUCAGGAAACUCAGAUUUACAUGUGGAGCAGCAUCUUUCUUUACAAUUUUACAACCUAAAAAUAUUUAUACUGCUAAAAAGAAGGAUGCCCUCUCACAUCGCUAAGAAUGAGUCACUGUAAAGAGCAAAGUAUUCCCAGUAACAAACAUACAGUGUGUCUGUACGCUCUAACCUCUGGGCAUCACGCCGGUCUGAACAUUUAGUUCACGUCAAGUCUGUUGUGAAUGAGAGAUUGACAGUUUAUUCUGAGUUGCUAAAUAACGCAAAGAUGGGAAAUGUUGCUGCCUCAUGAAAUAUGUAUCAUUUUUUUUUAUCUAGAUUGAAAUGGUUGUUCUUUCUAUUUAUUCUAAUUUCAGUUUGUUGCAGUGUGGAUGACAUUAAGCCUGGUUCUGUCAUCUGAUGGCAGCAUGCAGCUACCUUUAAUACAUGUAUGUGUACACAGAUGUAAAUAUUAAGUUGAUUAAUGAGAAUAAAAUGGAUAUGUAGUAUAUUCCAGGUUUGUAAUAAACAUUUAUUAAACUAAA